UCCCGCAUCGCCGAAGAGCCCACGGCCGUCGUCAGCCCCGACAUCGCCACCAUCGAUCUCAACACCUUCGAAUUCUCCAAGCCCAUCCAGAACGGCAAGCAGCACAGCCGGGGCAACUUCGACUGGAGCCUGACUUUCGGCUGGGAGGUCGUCCCGUCCCGGGAGAGGCAGCGGAGGAAGGAUGAGACCUUCCCCAUCAAGUCCCCGACCUUCGCCGGUGGCCUCUUUGCCAUCUCCAGGUCCUACUUCGAGCACAUCGGCUCCUACGACGAUCAGAUGGAGAUCUGGGGGGGCGAGAACGUGGAAAUGUCCUUCAGGGUCUGGCAGUGCGGGGGUCAAGUCGAGAUCAUCCCUUGCUCCGUCGUGGGUCACGUCUUCCGCUCCAAGAGCCCCCACACCUUCCCCAAGGGCACCCAGGUCAUCUCCAGGAACCAGGUCCGCCUGGCCGAGGUCUGGAUGGACGACUACAAGGAGAUCUUCUACAGGAGGAACCAGCAAGCUGCCCAGAUGGCCAGAGAGAAGACGUAUGGUGACAUUACAGACCGCCGCAAGCUGAGGGAGCGGCUCCACUGCAAGAACUUCACCUGGUACCUCCAGACCGUCUACCCGGAGAUGUUCGUCCCCGACCUGACCCCGACGUUUUACGGAGCGAUAAAAAACGAGGGCACCAAGAGCUGCCUGGACGUCGGCGAGAACAACCACGGGGGGAAACCGCUCAUCAUCUCGGGGUCGGCCGAGCUGGGCGCCUGCCAGUACCGAGGGAAGCCCGGGCGGGUGCCGACCAGCGAGGAGUGGGACCUGGUGCAGGAUCGGCUGAUUAAAAACCCGGCCUCCGGUAUGUGCUUGACGGCACGAGGGAAGCACCCGGCGAUGGUUCCCUGCGACCCGGCGGACGCCCACCAGCUCUGGUCCUUCAGCUAG